AUGAAGGACCCUGCAUCCGAGAGGUUGGCCAUCAUCUGCUAUCAGUGCAACUCUGCAUACGACCCACAAUGCGGCGACCCCUUCAAUCCAUAUUCUAUAGGUUUCGUCAACUGCAGCUUGAAACAAGUGCCAGAACACCUGCGGCCUAUGAAUGUGACAGCAGUAAUCUGCCGUAAAAAUGUUCAGAAAGUGUAUGGAAAGUUCCGAGUGGUGCGAGGAUGCGGCUAUUUGAUGGACACGUCGCUCAAGGAAGGUCGCCCCUGCGUGCAGCGCUCAGGCACACACGACGUGAGCGUCCAGUACUGUGCGUGCGAAGGAGACAAGUGCAACGGGGCGCCCGGUCUGCGACCUCCGCCGUCAGCGCUGGCGGCAGCCCUUCUCCUUCUGUUGCCCGCCAUCGCCGCCAUCUUAUAACAACAGCGGCCGAAUCUCGCUCGUAGGAUAACCGACCGAUGUUAAAAACGAGAGGGCUUAGUCACAUCCAGCUCCGACAGAACCGCAAUUGUGCAGAAAAAUAAUAAAUACAUAAAUAAUCAGCAAAAAUGAAAAGUUGUCGAAAUCUGGUAGCAGGAGUAACAAAAAAAAAACCAACCGCAAUAGCUCUCGUGCGUAGGAAAAUUUCAGUAUCGUUUAUCUUGACACCCACAAGGAAAGUGCGGCGGGAUUUGCCCCGCUUGUUCUUUUUAAUUUUUAAGUUUCUGUAGCUGCUGUGGCUCACGAUUCCGCACAUGUGCAACCCUCCAGUGUAGGCGUUGUACAUUCGUAAAUGUCACAGUAGAGUGAAACCAGUAUUUUUAGAUAACGGCUUAAAACUUGCGGAAAUUAAAACACGUCAAGGGAGCAUCAUUUAUGAAAUCGGUACACCCACAUUGGGUUCAAUCACAAAUAAAGAUACUAUUAUAAAUUUAACAAAGAAGGCAUAGAGGAAUUCAUGAAAUAUACUACGUAUCUACGGGCAAUUUGGACGAGAACGUGUUUAAAACAAGAGGUAUAGAGUACACGAAGUCUCCAUUAUUUGUUCGAAAAAGGACAAUCACUUCGUCUAGUUCUGAAAACUGCACACCAUGAUUGGGUUGACACAACUCAAUAAAAAGUCGCUCAUUUACAUCAGAUAAUCGGAGCCCGAGACGAAAUGGGAGUUUCCAGACAUCUACAUUUUGUCCAUGAUUACUCGUAGCGCCACUGCCAGAAUGUUUGCUUUGUUUCCACGUUCUAAUUUAUCGCAUUUGAAUGAACAAUAAGAUUGUUCUUGUACAGAGAAGUCACUUGUAUGCAGCGAGUUGUUAAGUGUGAGUUAGAACUUACCCCCUCACUAUUGAAAACAAUUCCCAGAACUCUAUCUAUUACACAUCAAGGGUAACAAAUAUUUAAGAAAAACAAAACUUGACUUCAGCCCUCUUUUCGUUGUUAACUUCCUAUGAAAUAUGUCGGGAGCCAAUAAUUGAGAUAUCAAAGCUCCUCUUUAGUCAAAAAUUCUCUAUGUCUAUUUUAUGUGAAGAUAUUAAAUUGUAUCAGACUAUGUUACCUAUAAACCAAAUUUUAUUAUUUUUGUAAGUAGACCAAAACACUUUUUCUGGAAAAAUCAACCAGUAUAUUUAUACUGUCUUAUCAGUGUGUAUUCUAGUUCCCUUUUGGAACAUACUACACUGAUACUACAUGAUGCCGAAUGAUCCUAGGACGUGAGCCAUGGAGCAAUGAAUAUUCAUUAGGCCUACUAAGGAGAGUGCGUAUGUCUGCCAUGAAUUGCGAAAUGUGAUAUUAUAAAAAUCAAUAAUACUUGUUACAUCCUUGCUAGGUUUCCUUUUGUAUAGAGUUAUUUUUUCUUUGCAAUAUUAUUUAGAUUAGCAAAGUUACUGUUCUUAAUUUACAGUAUCUUUUCUACAGAAGUGUUGUGACAUUACUAGCAAUAGGUGGCUAUCCUGAAAACUCUUUUAGAAAUUACACUUGUUAGUCUGCCGGCCAGUCUUUGGUAGGAAGGUAUCAUUGGCAUAAUUAUGUUGCUUUAAUGAUACCAAUGCAGCAGAAUGUGACAGCUUGUAUCUGUUAGUCAAAUUAAUUUAAUGCUUUUAUAAAUGAACAAUAAUUCAAAUAUCAAAGGGCUAGCAUACAAAUUUAAACAAAAAGCUUGCAAAAAUGACAAAAAUUGACAAUUUAUUUUAAUUUAAUAUUGGUGGCAUUGUUUAUCGACAACAUUAGUAUGCAACAAAUCAUCAGAAACCAGAUUCAUCCAACAUCUCUUUUUUACCAUUAUCUUGAACUGGAGCAAAAAUUUACUUUCAACUAGCAUUAAAAUUUACUUCACUUUUGGGAGCUUGGAGUCUGUGACAGAAACACCUUCUUAACAAGUUCUCUAACUGUCAUGUUAGAAAUCCUACCUUUAAUUGAGUGAAUGUGAAUAUGCAUUUAUGAAGUGAAGUCAAGAGACUUGUGAAGAUGGUGUAAUCAAGUUGCUCAACUGCUGUACAAACAGACCUAAUUCAUACAUCUAAUGCAGAGGCAUUUCUGCAUUAGCGCACCUGCAUGUAUAUUUGACAGCAGGGUCUCUAUGUAAUAAUAUGCUCCAAUCUGUUCAGUAUAUGUAAUCUGAACACUUAAAUAAUUUAAAACCAUCAGCUAUCAAGACCCUACUGGACAUAGCCCAAAAUCAUUGAAUGCGACAUUCUUGCAUGUUAUCUUCAGUAAAUCAGGUCAACAAAUUUCUGUCAAGAAAUUUGUUCAGUAAUGCAAUUGAUGGUAUAUAGUUAAUAUCUGUGUGUUAGCUCUGCAUCAUUUGGCAGUUAGUGCCAUGGUCUAUGUUUAAAACAGAACAACUGCUUCUCACAAAUCGGUAAGGAUGCUGGCAUUUCUGAAUGCACUACUAGGGACAAAUGUUCCAUCCAUGCCAUGUAAAUGACCACCAAAUUUCAAAUAAUUAUUUUAAAUAAUAUGUUUGUUAAUGUGUAGGCAUACGCUAAGAAUUGUGAAAUCUUUCAGUACACAUCACGCAAAGUAGUGUCACCUAGACCAAAGUUCAGCAGGAUACAACUUGCUAGUGUUUUAAAUUUUUGAAGUUGAAUGUAGGGAAUCUGUAAAGAACAUACGCUUGAGUAUAAACAAUAAGUAACUAAACAUACAUUAACCUUGCCUCUUAGAAGCAAACAAAACAGAAACCUAAGAAUGUAUACAGUACUUAAAUAGAGAUGCUGCAUACACUAGUGUUCGGGACCCCAUGUGACAUUCUAUGUACAGUAAUUAGCAUGUACCAUAGGGUUUUAAUUACUGUCAUUUAUCUUUUUUGAUAAAAAAUGUUAUAAUUUAAAAAUAACUUGUUUUAUUAGUAUAUAAGCUCUGUAUUUAUCAUGUUUAUAUUGGAAAAUGCAAAGCCUCUACUGACUAGUGAUAAAUGCAAGAUAAUAUACAAUAUUUUCUUGUGAUUAGAGUUAGUUUUGUUGUUUUACAUAUAAAAUAAGGGGAGGGUUGUUGAUUUUAUUGUUGAUGUAUAAGCUGCUUGGGUUUUCCAGUUGUAAUGAUAAAUACAUAUUCAUACUCUUAACAAUAAUUUAAAGAAAAUUUUGAAACCAAUAUAAAGGUUUCAGCAUUUGUUCCAAAAAUCCUCUUAAGAAAGAGAACUGCCAUCAUAUUUUCAUCUCAAAAUUUUAUUAUUGUUAGCUACUGUUGCACUUUGACACGUGUAAGAUGAGCUUGUAUGUAAUUCUGUGCAUUCUGUUGAAGUGAGUCCACACAUACCCUACCAUCUCACUUCCAUGUUUUAUCUAACCUCCAUACUGUACAUACAAUAUAAAUAGUUGUUGGUAAUAUGCAAUUGCAAAAAUAAUUAUUUUUCUUCAAAUUAAGAAAUAGAGAGAGAGACAUAUAUUACGUAGUUCAGAUGUAUUUGAAAAUAUUUAAUAGAUAUAAUAAAGGGAAUCCUAUUCAGAGGUAAAUUAUCAAGUUUGUAACAUUGAAAAUAUUGUCUGCCUCAUAUCUGCAAGCAUUAAUGCUUAAGUAGUGGUGUAUGUUCAAGCUGCUAUGGUGUUACAAUAGAUGUAGCAUCUUGUUUGGCAGAAUCUCUACACAUCAUACAGUGGCACAUAACAUUCUAACUAAAGAGGCGAGCGACAGGCUGGCAGUAAUUUUUUACAUAUGAAUAACAAAAUUUUCCUUUAACAAAAUAUUGUUACAUAUCUUUAAUUUCAUGCACAAUUUUUCAACACAUUUCCUCCAAUUUCCAUACUGAUUUUGAAUAUUUGACAAAAAGGAUAAAUAGUCAUGGAGUUAUAAUCUUGUUUCUAUUUAACAUCACUGAAUUAUUUAAUUACAUCCUUCAGAAAUAUAAAACACUAAACGCACUACAAAAGGUUGGCGCUGAGGCUGAGUCCCCUGGGAGGGCACUCUGAGUGUGACUCCUCUUGGCUCUGUAAAGCCAGCAGCUGUAUGCUGUCUUGCGCUUAGGUCAAUAUGACCAUUGUGUUUUAAAUGUAUACAUAUGCUGUAGCUGGCUCGUUUUGUAGUUGGGAUUGUAACACUAUGCCAAUUUUGUUAAUUAUUUUCAUAAAAUAUUUGUAAAGAAACAAAAAAAAAAUUCCAAAAAUUCCUUUAAGUAGUCUCACUAUUUGUUACCUGAUUAUGAAAUGCAUUUGAAAGUGUCAAUAAUUAUGUAUUGAUAUUUUUAAAUAAAUACUCAGGUAGCAAACAACAUGCAUUGAAUCAUAUCACCAUAAGUCUGUCAUGUAUGUUUCUCAACACAUGAAUGAUAAAUGUACAUCUUUUAAUGUAAGAAUAAGCAAUAUUGCUUAUUUUUACUUUCACUGGGAAAAGUGCAAUAAGAACUGUACAUACAGCCUUAUGCAAUGCUAACAACAUGACCAUUUUCCUCUGAGUAUGACUGAUAGGUAAUGAAAUGCUACAUUUACAGUGAGUCAAUGUGAUUUGUAGUUAUAGGCCUAGUGAAAACAUAGAAUGAACAAUUUGCCUUGCCACCUGUAAUUAAUUUUUCUUUAACAUUCUUGGAAGUGAGCUUCCUGUAUUGCCUCUUGAUGAUGGAUCAGUAUAAACACUAGAUGUGUUAGCCUUUUUUAUAUAUCUUUGUUCUUGUAAUGCUGCUCUUUUCUCUACCAAUGGUUGUAUCAUUUGGUCACUGUUGAGCAGAAAUGAAAUACAACACUCAGACAGAUUGGUUCAGUCUUAUUUCCUACAUUAUGUUUGAAAGCCUCAGAUCCAAGGAAAAGUUGACUUACUGAGAUGAGCCUGUGUAUAUAUCAUUGUUAACUCAGCUACAUUGUUGAGGGCGAGAAAAGAAGAAGCCAAAAAGUAAAGCUGUUACAACUGUUAGAUCAGUGGCUAAUGACUGAAUUUGUUAUACUUUAACAAAACAUUAAAUGUUAAUAAAUCAACAUAAUCAAACACUAAAUGGAAGCAUGUCAUUUAUUUCUGAUGUAUGAUGAUAUUACAAAUAUAACUACUAAAAUAAAAGAAACUAUCAAAUUUCAGGGGAAUCUUGAAACAGAAUGUGGGAUACAAAACUGCUCCUAAACAAUAAUGUUUAGGUGUGUUUAGGUGCUCCUAAACAAUAAUGUCAAAAAAUUCACCAAAAGCAAUUUCUGCUUAAACAAUGAAAUAUGCAAUAUAUUUGUUAUAGCUAAUGGUAUUCUGAUAUUACCACUGCUACUAUUUCUACUACUACUACUACUUCAUAUUUACACACCU